AUGGCGCCAAAACCAAAGUCCUGGAAGAAAAUCAGACGGGCUGCCGCUACCCAAAGGCGCCUCGUCCCACAAGCAGCAGCUGGCUCCGCCGUCGCGCAGCUCUCCAAGACAAGUCUCACAGUAAUGGACCAUGCCGGCAAGAUCAUCCGCAACGACGGAACAGCUCCAGCAGGUAUGAGGUCGCGCAAUGCCCCACAGGAUUCCAAAUUCCUCGCUCUCCCAGAGGCCGUUCGGAAGCGCAUCUACCAGCACGUCUUCGACGGAUUGACAAUCACCAUGCCUCCGAAGUCAGCAUCAAAUCGGACAGCACGCUACCCAGCACCCGGGAUCCUGCUCGCAUGUCGACUGAUCAUCCGCGAAGCCAAUCCGGUUUUCUACGCCACUGCUACUUUCUAUUUCGUGCCCUGGAUAGAAUACCGGCUGAAAGCAUGGCUCAAGAGGAUUGGACCAGGACGGAGAGCGUGGCUGAAGAAUAUCCAUCUCGGUGUGCAACAACCAAGCUGGGGUGAUAUGGAUGCGCCGAAAGAAGUAUUACAAGGGCAAGCGCAGGACGGCGAGGCUAAGAUUGAGCGGUACCGUCGUGAGUUUGAACUGGAAAGCGGUGUAUUGAAGACGGAGUUGUAUAUUGACGGCACCUUCUGGAGUUCUUCUCCGAAGGAGCUCGUGGCAGCUGCUCAUUGGGCUCCGAUCAAGUGCUGGCAUUGGAUCAAGGAGCCGAGUGAGGCAGUGGCGUGUAUCCUUAAGAAGCCGUAUAAAGCUGGAGGUGAAGUUUGA